AUGACCGACAACGUGAGCUCCAGAAUCGACACCCCGACCAACAUCUCUCUGAGUCCCAGCAACGCCGUCUCCGAGUUGUUAGAGUACAAGACGGUGUCGGUGUUCCUGGUCCUGCUGGUGUGUGGCGUGGGCAUUGUGGGCAACAUAAUGGUGGUGCUGGUGGUCCUCACCACCCGCCACAUGAGGACACCCACCAACUGUUACCUGGUGAGCCUGGCUAUAGCCGAUCUAAUGGUGCUGGUGGCGGCGGGGCUGCCCAACGUGGCCGACAGUCUGACGGGCACGUGGGUUUUCGGCCACGCCGGCUGCCUGGGGAUCACCUACCUUCAGUACCUGGGCAUCAAUGCGUCCUCGUGCUCCAUCACUGCCUUCACCGUGGAGAGGUACAUAGCUAUCUGUCAUCCGAUGAAGGCUCAGACCAUGUGCACGGUGUCCCGGGCCAAACGCAUCAUAGCUGGGGUUUGGAUCUUCACCUGUGUCUACUGCAUGCUCUGGUUCUUCCUGGUGGACAUUCAGGUCGGCCCGGACGGACACGUGCAGUGCGGCUACAGGGUGAAGCGGGAGCUCUAUCUGCCCAUCUACCUCACAGACUUCGCCAUCUUCUACGUCGUCCCUCUGCUCCUCGCCAUCGUGCUGUACGGCCUGAUCGCUCGAGUCCUCUACCUCAG